GCGCGCUCCCCGCUUCUGCUUGGCUUUCCGGCUUAAUUUUCCUCGGCGGGAUUAAAGUUGGAAAUUGACCGGAGAAUUGAGUUGCCGGGGAACAGAGCCCCGGCCGCCGCCAGAGCGAUGUUCCCGCAGAGCCGGCACCCGACGCCGCACCAGGCUGCAGGCCAGCCCUUCAAGUUCACUAUCCCGGAGUCCCUGGACCGGAUUAAAGAGGAAUUCCAGUUCCUGCAGGCGCAGUAUCACAGCCUUAAAUUGGAAUGUGAGAAACUGGCAAGUGAAAAGACAGAAAUGCAGAGGCACUAUGUGAUGUAUUAUGAAAUGUCAUAUGGAUUAAACAUUGAAAUGCACAAACAGACUGAAAUCGCCAAGAGAUUGAAUACGAUUUGUGCACAAGUCAUCCCAUUUCUGUCUCAGGAACAUCAACAACAGGUGGCCCAGGCUGUCGAACGUGCCAAACAGGUGACCAUGGCAGAGUUGAAUGCCAUCAUCGGGGUACGUGGCCUACCAGGUCUACCUCCUACACAGCAGCAGUUGCAAGCUCAGCAUCUUUCUCAUGGCCACGGACCCCCAGUUCCCCUUACGCCUCACCCUUCGGGACUUCAGCCUCCUGGAAUCCCGCCCCUCGGGGGCAGUGCCGGCCUUCUUGCGCUGUCUAGUGCUCUGAGUGGGCAGUCUCACUUGGCAAUAAAAGAUGACAAGAAGCACCACGAUGCAGAGCACCACAGAGACAGAGAGCCGGGCACAAGUAAUUCCCUCCUGGUCCCAGACAGUCUAAGAGGCACAGAUAAACGCAGAAAUGGACCUGAAUUUUCCAAUGACAUCAAGAAAAGGAAGGUGGAUGAUAAGGACUCCAGCCACUAUGACAGUGAUGGUGACAAAAGCGAUGACAACUUAGUUGUGGAUGUGUCUAAUGAGGACCCUUCUUCUCCGCGAGCAAGCCCUGCCCACUCGCCUCGGGAAAAUGGAAUCGACAAAAAUCGCCUGCUAAAGAAGGAUGCUUCUAGCAGUCCAGCUUCCACGGCCUCCUCAGCAAGUUCCACUUCUUUGAAAUCCAAAGAAAUGAGCUUGCAUGAAAAAGCCAGCACGCCUGUUCUGAAAUCCAGCACACCAACGCCUCGGAGCGACAUGCCAACGCCGGGCACCAGCGCCACUCCAGGCCUCCGUCCAGGUCUCGGCAAGCCUCCAGCCAUAGACCCCCUCGUUAACCAAGCGGGAUUGGAUUUUCAUUUGGAAUUGGUACCAGGGAAUGGAAAGUUCGGACUGAAAGAGAAAUCUUGGAUUUUAUCGAGAAAAUCUUCUUUUGAGAUUAAGUCAGCAGCUGGCUUGAGGACACCCCUGGCAGUGCCCGGCCCAUACCCUGCUCCUUUUGGGAUGGUCCCCCACGCUGGCAUGAACGGCGAGCUGACCAGCCCAGGCGCUGCCUACGCCAGUUUACACAACAUGUCGCCCCAGAUGAGCGCCGCAGCCGCCGCGGCCGCCGUGGUGGCCUACGGGCGCUCCCCCAUGGUGGGGUUUGAUCCUCCCCCUCACAUGAGAGUACCUACCAUUCCUCCAAACCUGGCAGGAAUCCCUGGGGGGAAACCUGCAUACUCCUUCCACGUUACUGCAGACGGUCAGAUGCAGCCUGUCCCUUUUCCCCCCGACGCCCUCAUCGGACCCGGAAUCCCCCGGCAUGCUCGCCAGAUCAACACCCUCAACCACGGGGAGGUGGUGUGUGCUGUGACCAUCAGCAACCCCACGAGACACGUGUACACAGGCGGGAAGGGCUGCGUCAAGGUCUGGGACAUCAGCCACCCUGGCAAUAAGAGCCCUGUCUCCCAGCUCGACUGUCUGAACAGAGACAAUUAUAUCCGUUCCUGUAAAUUGCUACCCGAUGGCUGCACUCUCAUAGUGGGAGGGGAAGCCAGUACUUUGUCCAUUUGGGACCUGGCGGCUCCAACCCCGCGCAUCAAGGCGGAGCUGACGUCCUCGGCCCCCGCCUGCUACGCCCUGGCCAUCAGCCCCGAUUCCAAGGUCUGCUUCUCAUGCUGCAGCGACGGCAACAUCGCUGUGUGGGAUCUGCACAACCAGACACUAGUGAGGCAAUUCCAGGGCCACACAGACGGAGCCAGCUGUAUUGACAUUUCUAAUGAUGGCACCAAGCUCUGGACGGGUGGUUUGGACAACACAGUCAGGUCCUGGGACCUGCGCGAGGGGCGGCAGCUGCAGCAGCACGACUUCACCUCCCAGAUCUUCUCCCUGGGGUACUGCCCCACCGGGGAGUGGCUGGCGGUGGGCAUGGAGAGCAGCAAUGUGGAGGUGCUGCACGUGAACAAGCCUGACAAGUACCAGCUGCACCUGCACGAGAGCUGCGUGCUGUCCCUGAAAUUUGCUUACUGUGGUAAAUGGUUUGUGAGUACUGGAAAAGAUAACCUCCUCAAUGCUUGGCGGACCCCCUAUGGAGCCAGCAUAUUCCAGUCCAAAGAGUCCUCGUCAGUGCUUAGCUGUGACAUCUCUGUGGAUGAUAAGUACAUAGUCACUGGCUCGGGGGACAAGAAGGCUACAGUCUAUGAAGUCAUCUACUGAAAACAUUAUGUGGUUUAACGUUUAUAGUUGAAUUGGGCCAAAAUGUUUCGAAUUUAUAGAAAUAGAAAAGUUGUAACUUUAAAAGAGAAAAAAAAUUACAAACACCUGUUUCCAAACCUUGACACAAAACUACUUUGAGUCUACAAAGAGGAGGCGACAAGUCCAUCAGCAGAAAGUCACCUGUCUACAUAGACCAAAUGGAGCACCAAGGCCAAGCGGACAGAGGGGCCAUGGGUUGUAGGAUUGAGGAACGGAAUCUGCCGACUCACAUGACAGCCCAUUCUUUCUUUCUGGGUGAUCUGGGGAUCACGCCUUGCCCAAGUGUGAGAUUACCUUUCUGUUCCUUGCAGUUCACCUCACUUUCCGUCCUUUGUAGAGCAGUGGUGUCUCCAAUGAACUUGUUUCCUGGUUUUGCAUCUUGUGAAAUGUUUUUUUGUAUUUUUGUUGAAGGUUAAACAUUUGUAUAAAUUGUAAAUAUAUUUGGUUUAUUACAGUAAAGGCUUUAGUACCAAUAA